AUGUGCAAAGCCAUUGAGUUGGGGAAUAGAGUGGUUCUUUCAAACGAAAAGGUCAAUGAGGAAAAUAAAGAAUCGGAUGAGGUUGUGAAUAAGAGUGAAAAAGAGGUAGUAGUAGUAGUAGUAGUAGAGGAUAAGGUCGGGAAAUAUUCUGAGGGAGAAAAAAGUAAGGAUACUAGUGAUGACAAAGUUAGAGGAUACACCUUUGACCGAUUCAUUGAUAAUAACUCUCCAUUCAGAAGAACCAAAGAAGAAAUCUUGAAUGAACGAAAUCCCGAGCUACCAAAUUACAUUAAACCACCAUACCCGAUUCUAAAGAAGACACAUAAGAAAGAGAUAAAAAGGAAUAAAUUCAAAAAGUUCAUGGAUAUGUUGAAGAAAAUACAGGUCAACAUUCCUUUUUGUGAAGCUCUCGAAAAAAUUCCUAUUUAUGCUAAAUUCAUGAAAGAGCUUUUAUCACAAAAGCGGAAGUUGAAGUGUUAUGAAAACAUUGCUUUCGCAGAAAAGUGUAGUGCAAUCAUCAAAAGGAAAAUUCCUCCAACACUCACUGAUCUAGUUAUAUUCAUUAUUCCUUGUUCUAUUGGUUCACUAAUUGUUAGCCACUCACUUUUUGAUUUAGGAGCUAGCAUCAAUCUGAUGUCACUGUCGAUAAUGAGAAAGUUAAACGGUGGUAUGCCGAAAUCUACUCAGAUGGUGCUAACAUUAGUGGAUAGAUUGAUCACAUGCCCAUAUUAA